GUGAAUCCGGUCCAGCGGCGGCAGCAGAGGCAGCAGGGUAGGGCCGACGCCAUAGCGCCGACUCGCUCUCCCGGCGGCUCGCGAGCGCGCACGCACUUCACGAUGAAGCUUUCGCUGCUCCACAUCUCGCCGCGCCGCGCCGGUUCUCGCGCCCUUUACUAAAUUAUUAUGGCUGUGAAUCAUGCCGUUGAUAGGUAAAACAUGUGGUGGCUUUACUGUGGACUGCUUGUCGUCGUGGCGACGAUCCGGUUUAAUGUGCUCGCCGCUUCCAAACGAGAAGCGGAUUACACGCUGGAUGACUCAUUCUGGAUCGACGAGAGUCCAGCUGGAGAGGUGGAAAGACUUCUCAGAGAAUACACGCAAAACCAAGAAAUGGUGCGCAACAUCGGAUCGCACUACUACCAAAUCAUUUAUCCAGUGCAGUUGCGCCAGCACAAGAAGAUGGGCAUCUCCACCAGGGAGAUAGGGUCGUCUAAGGUACGAAAAGCGAGGAGUACGAGAGGUCAGGGCGAUGGCAGUUAUUCAGGACCUGUGCGCGGUUCCGGACGACAAAGGACUGGCAAACACUUCCACCGCACCUCGCUUCUCAUUAAGGCUUUCAACCACAAGUUUCGCCUGGAUCUCGAGCUUAACACACAACUCAUAGCACCUAAUAUUAUGCAGAAGCAUUACUUAGCGAACGGAGCCGAGCAGGUCUCAAAACAGGAGAUCGAGCACUGUUAUUAUCACGGCACGGUGCAGGACUACCCGGGGGCCACAGCCGCCUUCCAUACCUGUAAUGGUGUCAGUGGUGUCAUCCAUGUUGGAAAUGAGACGUUUGUCAUUCAUCCUUUCUAUGGUGGUGAUUUAUCGCAGAAACAUCCACACGUGAUCUUUGAGGCGCGCACCAAGGCGAACAAAGGGUGCGCCAACUCGGGCAACAUGGAAUGGCGGCUGAAUACCCACUCGGGUUUCUUACCGGUGUCGGAGCCGCGGCUGAAACGUGAUGUGCGCGAAGCCACCAAGUAUAUCGAGACGGCCAUCAUCAUCGACAAAGCCAUGUUCGAUAAGCGUAAUGGCAGCACUCGUGCUGAGGUUGUGCACGAUGCCAUUCAGGUGGCCAAUAUUGCAGAUCUCUACUUCCGCACGCUCAACACACGUGUUUCUGUAGUGUAUGUUGAGACGUGGCAGGGUGGUAAUCAAGCACAGAUUGACCGCUCACAGGAUAUCGGCAGGGCCUUGUCGAAUUUCAAUGAUUAUACUUCAAGAAAAUUGUAUAAUGUUGAUAAGGAUACUACGCAGUUAUUGACUGGGGAAAUGUUUGUUGGUGGUGAGGCGGGUAUGGCUGUACCAGCAACCGUAUGCACUGCCAAGGCGGUCGCCAUCAGUGUGGAUAUCAACACUUAUGAACCACAUUUACUAGCUGGGACGAUGGCCCACAUGAUCGGACAUAAUAUUGGCAUGGCCCAUGAUGAUGGUCGGGAAGAAUGUCAUUGCUGGGACUGGCAUGGAUGUAUCAUGGCACAGGCCAUCGUUGGAUUGGACAAUGUCCAGCCUUACAAAUUCUCCGAAUGCAGCCGAUCGGAUUACAUCGACCGACUGCGUACUGGGAAUGGAAUUUGCUUGUUGAACAAGCCCAAUGAGCUCGAGGUUCGUCGCACGUGCGGGAACAAAAUCGUCGAGGAUGGCGAAGAGUGCGACUGCGGAUCGAUCGACGACUGCCCGACGGUGGACCCGUGCUGCGAUCCGAUCACGUGCAAGCUGACGUCGGAGGCGGAGUGUGCGGCGGGGCCGUGCUGCGACCGAUGCAGUCUGAAAGAGCGCGGCACAAUCUGCCGUGCGGCGACGAACGAGUGCGACCUGCCCGAACAGUGCUCGGGUGAAUCUGGCGACUGCCCCUCCGACGUCCACAAGAAGAACGGACACGCGUGCGGCGAGGAUACGGGCUUCUGCUUCGACGGCGUGUGUCCCACGUUAGCCGUACAGUGUGAGCAGAUCUGGGGGCCGGGCGGCGAGUCGGCGGACGCGCAGUGCUUCGAGCAGUUCAACUCCAAGGGCUCGGCGAACGGCCACUGCGGCAACGAUCGCUCCGGCCGCUUCGUCAAGUGCGCGCCCGAGAACGUCAAGUGCGGCACGCUGCAAUGCCAGCACGGCAAUCGAUCGCCGGCGGAGAAGGGGCUCGACCAGCUCUACUCGCGCACCAUCAUCUCGAUCAAGGGCGUUGAGUACGAGUGCAAGUCCAUCCACAAACCAGAAGGACCCGCACGUGCCAAGUCUAAUCUAGGCCCACAUUUGGGGCUUGUCAGGGACGGGACACCUUGUGGUAAUGAUCGUAUCUGCUACAAUCAGACCUGCACAAAUAUCCAUCCCUAUUUGGAUACUACCAAGUGUCCCACCAACAAUAACGACAUUGAGUGUUCUGGACACGGGUCUUGUACAAACACCAAUAAGUGCUACUGCCAUUUUGGAUGGAGCGGCCCAGACUGCUCAAUUGAGGAGGAGAUCACUACUGCCCUACCGUUACCCACCCCACCACCAUCCGAAACCAGAGGCAUGAAGGACCUUGCCGAUAUUAUGAAGAAAAAGGAGACUCCCUAUGAUCAGAAGAACAAGGAUACCUUCAGCACACUGACGAUGGUGUUUAUACUGACCGGCGUGGUGAAGGGCGUCUUCGUAUGUUUUGCCCUAGUGGCUGUUUGCUACAGGAGGACCACCGUGCGCAAGUACGAGAAACCGUACGAUAAAAAUUCAAUGCAGAAAAAUUACGUCCUCACCGGCAAUCAUUCGCAAGAGGAUAACUUAAAUAACGCUGACAAGAUAAUGCCCUUCGGAGUGCCCGCGUACGGUCGUGCGGACUCGCAGCGCGUUUUGUUCCGAUCGUCGAAUCACAUGGGAUCUGGUGGACCAUCGCAUUACCAGGAUCACAAGUUGGGCUCAUUGAAGCGCAUGGGUGUCGGAUCGGGCAGUGAAGAUGACCCAACCCAUUCAGGUGAGGAUGAAACAGUGUCCUUUAUAGACCUGCAACACAACAAUUUGAAACUGCCAGAGAAAAAGGGUAUCCUGAAGAAGCACGACUAUGGUCUGGUGAUGAGCGAUGGUAAAGACAGCUGGGGAGAUGCCUCACCAGAUGAUAUCCUCUCCCAGAACAAUAUUAGUAUGGCCCAGUUAAUGGGAGCUACUAGUAUGACGGAUGUCGAACGCACCUUGAAGAGUCUGAAUGGGUACCAUGAGGAUAUUAUCAAAGCGCUGCGUACCGCAGCGAAUCACCGCGGGGCGUCAACGCCAUCAGGCAGCACGUCGUGCCUUAGCGAGGAGGUACUGCGACGAAGUUUACAGGAAUGCGCCGCGGGUUACGGCGACUACAAACGUUCUUCCAAGGAGAACGUCUGCGAACCGCAGGUUGUCGUGGACGCCGACGAAGAGGAUGAUGAUGAAGUGGAAGCACGAGGGCCAGGCCCACUGCGUAUCCGUAACCUGGAGGAUCUCAUCCGUCAACUGGAACACCAUUCCCGUCACAUGAGCCCCAGCGGCUCGGAGGAUAUCCGCAUGUCGGAAACGGAAGCCGACCGCCAUUAUCGUCAGGAAUCCUCGUCGGCGUGCAGUGAGAGCUCGCAUCAGUCGCAUCGCGGCGACCCGCGCUUCGGCUACGGCGGUGUCGGGGGCGGUGGCGGCGUGGGCGUCGGGGUAGGUGCACGGUACCCGCGGCCGGGCGCUCGUAUGCCCUACCCGCACCCGCACGCGCACCACGCGCCCGACGAGGAGGGCAUCUACGAAAGCGCCGACCAUGAACGUGGCGCGCCUUGUGGCGGCACGCCCGACAGCGAAAGCGAUGAGUUCGUGCAAGCGCAGCAGCAGUUGGCCCGCUGGGCUAGCGACGACGCCGUGCCGCAGGCGGGCACGAGUGGCGGCGGCGGCAUGCCGCGCGAGUACCGGCUGCCGUCGCCGUCCUCCUCCACGAGCGAGGAGCCAACAAGCGUUGUACGCGCGCCUGUGCCCGUACCGCCAGUGCAACUUCAGCCGCACCCGCACCCCGAGCACGCCACCAUCCACCGCCCCAAGCGGUACCCGGAGUACAAACACUGAUAGUGACUCGCAGGGUAGACUCGCGUCGCGCCGGCGAGCCACCCCCGUAUCUCCCGUGUUAAGUGUUGCGCGGCUAACUGACGUAAACAAAGUAUAUUAAAUUUAAAUAAGCAUAAAUUAUAUAGUUGUUGAGACAUUCCUGAUGCAUUCUCAAUGCAGGCAUAAUUCUAAAUCCGUGGUAUGGUGUGUAUCUGGAAAUGAGAAAUCUAAGCUAAGCGAAAACCCGAUUAUGCCUUAGUUGCGGCCAAAGCCUGGCUCUUCUCGUGCCCCCUCCACAAAAGGACAACUCAACUCAACUCAACAAUGCGCGCGCAACUUAUCAUCGCACCAGUAAACACCUAGUUUUAUUAUAGCACUUAAGUUGAACGCGAGAGGACGCGAUUUGUGUGUGUUCAUUGCGAAAGUCAUGCGCGCAUGCGCACCGGAGAGCCGGGACCUACCCGAAAGCAUUCAUAACCAAACUUCUACACACAACAACAUGAAAUCGAAAUCGAAGAAAUUCAACCAACAUAAAUUUAUUUUAAACUCUAGAUGAUAAUCAACACAUAGAUAAUGAUGAGAAAUGUAAAAGAAGAGCUGUUUCUCUUUAGUGAUGUUAUUGAAAAAUAAACCUAGUCUUUGAAUUCACGGCGUAGAGGCCUAAAAACACACGAAAACCAAAAACAACUAAUAACAUUACCUUAUUAUAUAAAAUAUUAUUAUAUUAUUAUCUAAUUGACACUUGUUCGGUUCGGAUCCACGCGAGGGCUGAUCCGAUUGUUCCUUAUUCACUGUAACAUAUAUAAGAGUCUUAAGUAUCUAAUGAUAAUACGCACCUAUAAUUAUCGCCACCGUACACACCUCCGUUUGUACAUAAUGAAGAUGAAAACAAAAAAACCUGAUGUACUCCUGAAUGAUAACGAUUAUUAUUGUGUAAUAUGUAUAGCCUUUUCGCAAUGGAUCAGCACCCUCGAGAAAUAAAUUACUGAAAAUAAAAAAAUACAAAAAACACCACACAAACAAAUGAGCAGGAUGUAAUAAUGAUAACACGCACGAAUCGAAAUCGAAUUAUUGUUAUCGAAAUUAAGGAUAAUUUUUUAUUGGGCUAUCUAUCCCGAUACACUCUCCAUCCAACGCGAUGCGAUGCGAUACGCGGUCCCAACGGUGAGGACAUUUUAAGAACUGAGCACACGAAAAUAAAAAAAAAUCAUUUUUUUUUGAUUUUUACGCGCUGAUUUCGUUCAUAGCCGUAGGAAAUUUAUAGCAAAUCACCCGUCUAAUCACCGUCUAAGUACCGUAAUCCGUAAUUAAGACUUUUUCAUAAUGCGUGCGUUCAUUUUUUGAUAUGAAACAACGCGAUAAAAUAAAGUAUGAUAUCAUUUCGAGUGCGAGACGAUGAAAUAAAACACACAGCAAAACUCACCGCGACCAAAAUAAUUCUAAACUGCUCACAGUAUUUAAACAAUUAAAUCAAUCGAGAGGCAAUGAAAACGGUCGGCAAGUGAAUAAAAAAAAAUUACCAUCAUAACAAAAUAAUAAAAAUGAAUUAAACUAUGAAUUAUUAUAUGAAACUCGGACUGUAGGCAUAGUAGGAAUGCAAGUGUACAUAAAAGAAUGUAUGAAUAUGAAAUAUUUAAAAAGAAAAAUGAAAAAAAACGUUGACAAAAUGAAGCAAAAGACAUGGUAUGUUACGAAAUGUAUUUGUAACGAAUAAAUAAACAUUUAGGGCAUGUUUGGCAUCUGAUAUCACUUUAAACGUUGAUGUAAACCUCGAGAGAAACUAAUUAAUGAAGGCAACCAGUUUAAAAAUCAAAUGUUACCGACAAAUAUAUUGUUAAUUUCGAACAGUUUCACAAUUACACGUUGAUCUAAAUUAAAAAUUUACAAAAAAAAAACUACGCGAAGAACUAAAUUUACAUUUAAUUACUAAUUAAGGCGAAUUUAAGAGAGUAACACACACAAAUGAAGAAAAAAAUAUAUUAUAUGAAUUAAUAAAAAUUUCUAAGAAGAUAUAUUAAGAGUUUUAAUUCUGUUGACUUUGUAACGAGCGUGAUUAAGCUUCUCAGUUGGUUAUAAUCAAAAACUAAUUAAACAAUCAACAAUUACGACGAAAAAUUUUAAAAAAAUUUAAAAAUUUUUGUUUUAUGAUAUAAUUGACAGCAAACAAGAACAUCGUGUGGAUUACGUUCAUCGAUCGUUGCGUUAUAAAUAAUUAAAUGUCAAUUAUAACGUCCGUAAAGCUGUAACCUAAGGAAACCGGUAAUAACUGUAACUCUUCGGUUACGCAAGUAAUUCUAUUAUCAUAUUAUAAAUAAGAUGGCAAAGCAGAACAAAAGAGGCUGAGGGAAUGAUGUAAACGAAGCAAAAAUAAACAAAAAACGGAAAUAAUUGUGUAGCUUAGUACUUGCUGUACAAUGUACCAAUCAAAACAGUUCAGUUUGUAUCAUAAUAUCACGAGGAGGAAGAAAAUUCAACAGUUUAUUGAAUCUAGACACGGUAUUUAAACAAAAAUGAAAAAAAAAACACACACACGUUACGAAUAAGAAUUGUGCCAAUACUGUUUAGUUUAAUCACUCAUUAUUAUUAUGAUUGUGUGAUAAUAAUUAUAAUGGUAAUGAUUAUUCUAGAUUAAGGAUGGUCAUGACGGCGCAAUGCACUGCAAAACGAACUAAUUAAUAACACGGUGAUUCCACUCACUCAAUUAUUAUUAUUAACAUUGUUAUUAUUAUUAUUAUUAAUAUUAUUAAUAUUAAUAUAAAUUCCUGCAUUAAUAAUUAAUUUUAUUUGUAUUUAAUGUUUUAAUAUAAAUUCCUAUGAAUUUUUUUAUUCAAAAAUUGCAUAAAUUCCAUGUUUAAAUAAAUGAGAAAAAUUUAUUGUUAAUAAUAAUAAUUGAGUGAUGUUUUCACCUCGAUUUGAAAGUCUAAAGUACCAUUUAAGUACACGUACACGUUACAAAUAUUACCACAUGUAAAUUAUUAACAAAAAAAAAUGAAACGAAGCAAAAAUUUCUUGGCUAAAUUGCACUAUUGUUUAUUUUUUUGCACGCACACACAAAAACUAAAUAAAAAUGAAAUGAAAUGUAAUUCAGUCAUCUUUGAAUGAUGAAGAAAUGAAAUGGAUUUUUGGGCUGACAAGUAUUUGCUCACUGUUGUAUUUAAUAUUGAUUAUGGUUUGUUAAAAGAUUGUGCUCUUUUUUUCCAUCUGAAGUGAAUUAAUUACAAGAAAUUGACAAACACAAACACGCAGGCAAAUAAAUUUACUUCGUACGCGCGCAGAGGAAGAGCACGAUUUUUGUAACGUAUUCACUAAUAAUGACGAUUAAGAAAACAAACUUGAAUAACACUGUAAGCGGAUGAGAAAACCACAUUGCGAACGUUUUUUUAACAAGGGAGGUCAGAUGGAUGUAAAUAUAGUGUUUAUGACGAUAUACACUGCCUAAAUAAAUGAAUUAUUACCUAAUAACAACAA